UUUUGCUGCCAGUUCUCUGCUCCUCUGUCUGUUUAGUUUCCGGCGAGGCUGGCCGCCGGAGAACCCAACGGUUCUCCAGUCUCCGACGGUGGGCAUGGUGGCCGAACAAGAAUGUUUGAUUUUUCUUUUUUUAAAACAUUUUCUUCAUAUUUUUUUUUCUGUUUCCUCUGUUUCUGUUUGCUGUCUAUCUCAGGUGAGGCUCCGCCGCCGGAGACCCAAAAGUCUCCUGUUACCGGCAGCGGGCCACCGUGGCCGGUAAAUAAAACCCUCCUUUUUUAAAAAAAAAUGUUCACAUUUCCUUUUCUCUACAUUUAAAAGAAAACGAAAGAACACAAGUUUUUACUCUUUUAAGAGCUUUUGUUUUCGGAAAGUGGAAGGAUUUCUCCUUUCUCUGUUUUUGGCUUCUCGAUUCGUUGAGGAAAAGGAAAGGGGCUGAAUAGCAUAACCAUAAUUGAAGGUGGAGAAUCCGAUGGUGCCAACACAUACUCAGAUAGCCAAGUCUGCAAAUGCUCACUGUGCAAGAAUUCCAGAGGUGGUUCCACAUCACAGUCACGAUCGACUGUUUUAGGGAACACAUUCUGUUUCCGACUCCUCUUCCCUCCGGCCUCCACACAGUAGAACUAAGAUUAUUAUUUUUAUUUUCCGGUUCAAUGUAUAUAAUUGAACCGUCGGUCCAACCGGUUUCAACAGUUACUACUUUUAGAUACAAGAAGACAACAAAAUGAUUUAAUAAUUUUUAUUGACAUCAGAGAGAGAGAAUUCGACAGGGAAAAAAAGGGAGAAACUUUACUGUCUGACCUAAAUUUUAUUAUAAUCGACUAUGGUGUUAAGUCUUCUGAAAUCAAAGAUCCCCAAAUACCCAUUUCAUGAAACAUUUCAAAAUCCAAAUUCGAUUCGGAUUUCCUCCUUUGAUCAUCAAUAAAUCCAUAUGCUGAAGAAACUUCAAUCGUUAAAUCAAAAGCUACAAUUUUUGAGGAGCUUAAAACACUAGGGUUAUGGGAGCUGAAAAGAAAUGGCUUUUCACUCUCUUUUCGACAACAAUUUUCUCCAUUCUCCUCCUCUUACUUUACUCGAUCUCUGUUUUCAGCUCCCCUAGACUUUUCCCUUCUCUAGUCCAACAUGGUCUUCAUUCUCCACCAGCUUUUGCUUACUAUUUAUUUGGUGGAAAAGGUGAUAAGGAUCGGAUCUUUAGGCUACUACUUGCUGUCUAUCAUCCCAGGAAUCGAUAUUUGCUGCAACUUGGUGCUGACGCUUCCGAUGAGGAAAGGUAUAGGUUGGUUUUGGCUUUGAAAUCUGUGCCUGCUAUUAGGAGCUUUGAAAAUGUGGAUGUUAUAGGGAAGCCUGAUAGGUUUUCUUCAAUGGGGUCUACACAUAUUGCUUCCACGUUGCAUGCUGCUGCUAUGUUGAUGAAGCUUGAUCGUGGCUGGGAUUGGUUUAUUGCUUUGAGUGCUUUGGACUAUCCCUUAGUUACUCAAGAUGAUUUGUCCCACGUGUUCUCCUCUGUUAGGAGGGACCUCAAUUUCAUUGAUCAUACUAGUGACCUUGGGUGGAAAGAAGAUCAACGGGUCCUGCCUAUUGUGGUUGACCCAGGGAUUUACCUAGCUAGGAGGACUAAAAUUUUUCACGCUACGCAGAAACGGCUAAUGCCUGAUGCUUUUAAAGUGUUCACAGGUUCGCCAUGGGUUGUCUUAAGCAGAUCCUUUCUGGAAUUUUGCCUUUUCGGGUGGGAUAAUCUGCCUCGGACCCUUCUGAUGUAUUUUAACAAUGUUAUGUUAUCCGAAGAAAGCUAUUUUCAUUCUGUCAUUUGCAAUUCACCGGAGUUCAAGAACACUACUGUAAACGGUGAUUUAAGAUAUAUGAUCUGGGACAGUCCUCCGAAGACGGAACCCCACUUUCUCAAUGGUUCUGAUUAUGAUCAAAUGGUUCAAAGUGGAGCAGCAUUUGCAAGACAGUUUCAGAAAGAUGAUCCUGUGUUGGACAUGAUUGAUGAAAAGAUCCUCAAGUGUGGGCGAAACCGAGCUGUCCCAGGGGCAUGGUGCACUGGCCGGCGAAGCUGGUGGGUAGAUCCUUGCUCACAAUGGGGCGAUGUUAAUGUCUUGAAGCCUGGACCACAGGCAAAGAAGUUAGAGGAAACUAUACUAAACCUUCUUGAUGACUGGAAUUCACAGUCCAAUCAGUGCACAUGAAGGGGUGUGAAGUGCGAGCUAAAAAGUGAAUAUCUCAGAGACUCGGUACAUUGAUCCUGCAUCCAAAUUUCAUGAAAGGUUCGAAAGAAUACCCAUCAGAUGAGAUACAUUAUUUGGUCGACGCCUUUGGCUUCAGGGUUCAUAUUCAAUGGUAAAACCAGAAUGAGUAAGAGGAACUCCCUCUUGAGCUGCCAUUUGCAUGCUGUUGUUAUUAUAUGUUGUCCCCACCCUUCACGUUGACGUUGGAAGACAAAAUCAUUCAUUAAAAUCUCGUGUUAUAUUGCACCCAUAGUUCCCUCUCUCAUACCAGCAAUAGGACGAUUUUAUGGCUACAAAGUGUAAGAACAACUUAGAAAACAAGGUGAGAAAAGCCUGUUUAACACUAUUUAUCAUUGAACUAAUUAUUCAGUAGAAUCUUUGUUCUUUCUGAUGAAAUGAGAACGUGCACAUUAUGACA